GUCAGCUAAGCUAAAUUAUCUGUUAGCUUGCUAAUGUCAAUCAGAAAACUUAAUCUAGCUGGCACAGCACUGGCCUAGACGCAUUAGGAUAAAAACGAGGUGUUUUAACAUAGAUCAUAUAGGACGUAAAGGUACAUCACCUUUUGUGUUGCUUAUGUAUUUCUAGUAGGUUUCCUAUAGUGGCUAGAAUUACCCUUAGUUCAACAAACCGAUUACGUGCCAGUGUUUUUUAUGUUGGUCUUAGCUGUGCAAGUGAUAAGUUUCAUUUUUAUAGGACUAAAAUGUGCUAUAAUUGAAACUAGUAUGAUAAGUAUAUCUGACCAUUGAUUUAAGGAUAAUACAUGUCAGUUUUUAGAAUCACAGUCUUGUCCCAUUUUAUUUAGUUUGUGGUCACUUUAUAAAACCAAAGUAGAAACAAGUAAAGGUCUGAUCUGAACAAAUUGCAUAUCAAUAUGAAUAUAUUUUGUGCAUUUUUUUGCCCAAGAUUGCAUUUGUAAAACUAACUUGAGAAUUUGUAUGUGUGCUUUCAACUUAGGAAACAAACUAGCUUCAUUUUAUUUCCUUUCUUUUAACAGAUGAAUGUUUUUGUGUGCAUUCAGUGGGUUACCAAUGUGCCAAAAAGUUACCCCCCUCCAUACCCAGCAAGGAUCAGGUUAGAGUGUGGCAACAUGCAGGGCAAGAGUACAUAAUGGCACAGGAAUAUGCAAGGACUUUUGAACACAACUAAAAUAUACAUAUCCAAGACCCUGAACUGUUGUGCUUGAUGAAACAGUCUUGGCUACCCUGCCAUACUCAAUGGAAGUGCCAUCAUAGACGCAAGAUACUGUGGCUCGAACUGCUGCACAGUUUUUUGAGCUGCAGCUUUGGGAGGAGUGUUUCAACUUUGGGUUGACCAGACCUAAAGGAGGAGAUGGGUUCCCAAGCGCUUCAGAUAUUACGGCAGGGUGUGUGGGCUUCGCUCACUGGAGGCUGGUAUGUGGACCCCCAUCAGAGCACAUUCUCCAACUGCUUCCACCUUUACCUUUGGAUAUUUCUCCUGGCCUUCCCUUUUCUGCUGUACAUGGCCCUUCCGCCUAGCCUGGUGGUUGCAGGUGUGUACUCUGCUGUGGUGGCUGUCUUUUUCACAGCCAUCAAAGUAGUGAACUACCGGCUUCAUGCCAUGUUUGAUCUUGGGGAGAUUGUAGAGAAGAAGCAGGCCUCACUUACAGCUGAAGUCCCAAGGACAGAAGAAGGAGAUGAAGGUUCAGGUGGCCAUGAUGGGAAUCAACACAGGGAUAGUCAUGUUGGUGUAGAGAUGACUGUGUUUAGGAAGGUCAACUCAACCCCAGUGCGCUGUAGUUCUCAGCAUUCUUUGUUUGGAUUGAACCAAGUUUCGGAGUUCUUGCCCCAGCUUGAGGACACAGGUGGGACAAAGGAUAUCAAGGAACUAAUGCGGGAACAGGGAAGCAAUAAUAUGAUUGUUACAUCAGCUCACCGUGAGAUCUUACGCCAGAGUUCACAGGAUACCAUGAGGGGUCCUAAUGUUGCCCAGUCCUGCUUUGCUGCUGCGCUGGGAGGUGAAUUUCAAGGUCUCAUGGGAGUGUCUGGAAUGUCAGCAGGAUUCGGUGAACCUGGAGACUGCUUGUCGAUCCCCCCUUCCCCCUCUAGCCAGGAAGAUGGAGGAGAGAAAGAACAGUUGCAGGAUGUUGAGGAGUUACCAGAACAAGUGGGUCUACAAGUGACUCCUGAGGACACUGGGUUGGGGGCUUAUUCUCCUCUCGCCCCAUCUGCUGAAUCUGAGAGCCUGGGGGACACACCACUUAGCCCUCUUAUAAAGAGCAGCUUAAGUGAGGAGUUGAGUGAGAAUCUUCUUGGUUUGGGCCUUGACCCUGUGGCGUUUGCACCUGGGGCUGAGCAUCCAGGCAGCCGCAGUGGAGUAGCACUUGCUGCUGGAUCCACAGACAGUUGUUUUAGUGCAGGUGGAGCCACCACAGACCGAGAGACACUGAGCACUGUUAGCAGCUACCGCAGUGAAAAAACUGAUUCCACUCAGCUGGAAAGCCCUUCAUUCAGCCAGCCAAGGCCUACAGAUGGACAGGCAUCUGCUUCAACACCAGCGCUAGGCUCAAACAUCCCUGACCCCACAGAGGAUCGAGCAGGACAGGGAGGCAGUGAUACGGACAACCUUUCAGACAGUGUGCUACUUCGUUCCCCUUCCAAAGAAUUCUCCCUCAGCCAGGGGCUAGACAGGACGCUUGUUGAAGGAGAGGAUCUGCCCUCGAUACCCUCUGAAAUUGCACAGCCUCCUCCACUCCAAAACUCUUCCCCUUCAAGUAGUGGCCACUCAGAAGUUUGUGAUUUAGACAGAAACAUCCCGGUUCCUCCACUACCCCCUCCUCGGCAAGCUAAUUCAGUGCCCACAGGGCUGGCCCUGGGUCUGGUAUGUUCUGAGCCUGCUUUGCCCAUUUCCUCGACCCCCUUCUUAUUGUCAGACCAGCCAGCUCUACAAGCCCAGCAGGUUGUGCGCCCUAAAGACUUAAAGCUGCUGCGGGCCAGUGGCAGUAGUGUGGGGCAUAGACCAGGCAGAAGGAAAGCCCCACGGAGGCGAGCUGGAGCAGGAAGCAGUAGUUUUGACUGUGGCUCUUACAGGCGUCAUCACAAUCACAGACAACACAGAGAUUACAUCCCGGUGCGUAACCGACUGGGUACAAAGGCUUACAGUGAAAGCCUUUUUGAGGAUUCCAGUGACGAGGACGAUGGCAGUGACAUGAGUGCUGGCUCGAGUCUGGGCUCUCAGCGCAGAUAUAGCUCAGAUGAUGAUGACGAUGAUGAUGAUGACUCAAGUUCCUCUACCUCCUGCUACUCCCCAGACCUCACUAACACUGGCAUUACAUCCCCACUUCCCCCUGCUGCUCAACUGCCCACUCCACGGGAAGGGGAUUUACCUGAAACUGCUGGCCCCUCACAUUCUCGUGCUGCUCAACGCUCUGCUAGUACAGCAAGUGCUAAGACUCAUGCAAGAGUGCUAAGUAUGGAUGGGGCAGGUGGAAGCCAGAACAAUUCAGCAGCUCUGCCUUCCACUCUGCUUGCAAUGCCCUCCACUUCAACUCCUGCACCUCGCACACUCACCAUCUCAAAGUCUGAUCUGGAGGCUCGCACUAUCCAUACUGAUGGCUUCCCUGGAGGUCAUCACCAUCGGCUGGAUUCCCUUGGGGGAUCCUGGACUGGAAACCAAAUGGGGUGGAGGGCAGGGGAACUGGUUGAAGAGGGAGCUGUUGGAGGAGCCAUGGCUCCAGAUGACGGGGGCAAACAUGACUCAGUCAGCAGUGUUAAGAGGACCCAGGCCAUCCGCAGGAGACACAAUGCUGGGAGCAAUCCUACACCGCCCCCAUCCACCAUGGGAUCGCCUCCCAGCCUCCAGGACCUACAGCGGGCUCGGACCUCGUCACAUUCACGGACCCGCACGCUUCCCUCAGCCUUACAGUUUGCCUCUUCGCUCCUGCUGCCCCGCAGUGGCAUCCAUGAGGCUUCCACCUUUGAUGACACAUCAGAGGGGGCAGUGCACUACUUCUAUGAUGAGAGUGGAGUAAAGAGGUCCUACACAUUUGGACCUGCUGGUGGUGGAUAUGAAGACCCAGUCCAAGAAAGGGAAAGACAGUCCCAGUCCUCAAGCUUCACUUCGACUGAGGUACCAGAAGGUGCACCAGUCUUGUCCAUGCUCCAACCCAGGCCUGUGGUCUUACAGGGCAUGCAGGUUCGCAGGGUGCCACUGGAAAUGCCUGAGUUUGAUCUGGACCAUGAGUCUUUGCAAGAAUCCCAGGAAAAUACACUGAUGAUUGAGGAGAAAACCAAACCUAAACAAUACUAUCGCUUUUGGGUUCUGCCCGGGAAGUGGCUGAGAGUUCGAUAUGAUCGACUGGCUCUUCUGGCCUUACUGGACAGAAACCGCCGUGUGGGAGAGAACGUGUUUGCUGUGGUGCUGGCCAGUCUGGUGGCCUUCCUGGGGUUUCUGUUGCUUCUCCAGGGUUAUUUCAGGGACAUCUGGGUCUUCCAGUUCUGUUUGGUCAUUGCAAGCUGCCAGUACUCUUUACUGAAGAGUGUACAACCAGAUGCAGCAUCACCAAUGCAUGGCCAUAACUGGAUCAUUGUAUACAGUCGGCCAGUCUACUUCUGCUUGUGCUGUGUGAUGAUCUGGAUUUUUGACCUGUCUGGGCGUUCUGGCAGUCUGCAACCUUUCUCCCUUUAUGGAGUCACCUUCUUCUCUGCACACUUCCUACUCUGUGUCAGGGAUAUGCUCAUCGUGUUUUCCUUGUGUUUCCCGGUCAUUUUCCUGUUUGGGUUGUUACCUCAGGUCAAUACCUUUGUGAUGUGUCUGCUGGAGCAGAUCGACAUGCAUAUUUUUGGUGGAACUGCCACAACCAGCCCUCUAUCAUCUCUGUUCAGCCUCAUACGCAGCGUAUUGGUGGCUGCACUGCUGUAUGGAUUUUGCCUCGGUGCUAUCAAUGCACCGUGGGGGGACGCCCAUGUGCCAGUACUGUUCUCUGUGUUUUGUGGCCUACUCCUGGCUUUAUCCUACCACCUCAGCCGCCAAAGCAGCGAUCCCACCAUCCUGUGGUCACUAGUCCGAUCAAAAUUAUUCCCAGAACUUGAAAACCGAACACCAGAGGAACCCCCUGUGGAGAUCAAGGACCCUCUCCCUGAAAAGCUGCGUAACUCUGUGAAAGAGAUUCUUCAUUCCGAUCUUGUCAUGUGUCCUCUCAUGGCUGUGAUUACCUUCGCCAUUAGUGCCAGUACAGUUUUCAUUGCUCUCCAGCCUGCCCUCAGCUUUGUAUUGUACAUCCUGGCAGGAGUUGUAGGCUUCAUUACACACUAUCUCUUGCCUCAGCUUCGUAAACAGCUGCCAUGGUUCUGCCUGGCUCAUCCUGUGCUCCGAUCCAGAGAGUACAGUCAGUUUGAGGUUCGAGAUGCUGCUCAGUUGAUGUGGUUUGAGAAGCUGUAUGCAUGGCUUCAGUGUGUGGAGAAAUAUUUCAUCUACCCAGCUGUAGUUCUGAAUUCUCUAACAACAGAAGCACGGACUGUGGGCCAAAACCAUAAGGAGUUGGACAUCUACAGCCGAGCUCUCUUCAUCUCAGUAGCUGGCAUGAAACUGCUGCGUUCGUCCUUCUGUGCCCCAUCGCAACAAUACGUCACACUGUGUUUCACCACGCUGUUCUUCCACUUUGACUAUCCACACUUCUCUGAGACCUUCUUAAUUGACUACUACUUUAUGUCCAUUCUCUUCAGCAAGAUGUGGGACCUGCUGUACAAGCUGCGCUUUGUUUUGACAUACAUUGCUCCUUGGCAGAUAACAUGGGGCUCGGCCUUCCACGCCUUUGCUCAACCUUUUGCCGUGCCCCAUUCUGCAGUGCUCUUUGUCCAGGCCAUCUUUUCCGCCAUUUUUUCCACCCCUCUCAAUCCUGUCUUGGGCAGUGCUGUGUUCGUCACUUCAUACACAAGACCUGUCAAAUUCUGGGAGAGAGACUACAACACUAAGCGAGUCGAUCAUUCUAACACCAGACUUGCCACCCAGUUAGACCGCAACCCAGGUGCAGAUGACAACAAUCUGAACUCUAUUUUCUACGAGCACCUUACCCGCUCUCUGCAGCACAGCCUGUGUGGAGACCUGCUGCUCGGCCGCUGGGGCAACUACAGCACAGGCGACUGUUUCAUCCUCGCCUCAGACUACCUCAAUGCACUGGUGCACAUCAUCGAGAUCGGCAACGGCCUGGUCACCUUCCAGCUGAGGGGGCUGGAGUUCAGAGGUACUUACUGUCAGCAGAGGGAGGUAGAGGCCAUCACAGAGGGCGUCGAGGAGGAUGAGGGCUGCUGCUGCUGUGAACCUGGACACCUGCCACACAUGCUGUCAUUCAAUGCCGCCUUCGGGCAGCGCUGGCUUGCCUGGGAGGUGGCCGCCACCAAGUAUGUACUAGAGGGCUACAGCAUCAGCGACAACAACGCAGCUUCCAUGUUACAAGUAUUCGACCUUCGUAAGAUUCUCAUCACAUACUAUGUUAAGAGCAUCAUCUAUUAUGUGAGUCGCUCUGCUAAGCUGGAGGAGUGGCUGACUAAUGAGACGAUUCAGGAGGCUCUGCGACCUUGUCUUGGUCCUAACUACGUUGACAGUGACCCCACCUUCAACCUGAACAUCGAUGAGGACUAUGACCACAGAGCCUCAGGCAUCACCCCUUCUUCCUUCUGCAUGGUUUACCUGGACUGGAUUCAGUAUUGCAAUAGCAGGCGUCAAACACCGGUGACUGGUGAAAGAGAGUCUCCACUUGUAAACCUCUGUUUCGGGCUGUGCAUCCUGGGAAGACGGGCUCUGGGCACGGCCUCCCACAGCAUGUCCGCAAGUUGGGAGCCGUUCCUUUAUGGCCUCCAUGCACUCUUCAAAGGAGAUUUUCGCAUCACGUCUCCUCGGGAUGAGUGGGUGUUUGCAGACAUGGACCUGUUGAAUCGAGUGGUGGCCCCGGGAGUGCGGAUGUCUCUCAAAUUGCAUCAGGACCACUUCACUUCUCCUGAUGAGUAUGAGGAUCCUAUGAUUCUGUAUGACGCCAUCACAGCCAAUGAGGAAAAGAUGUUGAUAUCACAUGAGGGUGACCCAGUGUGGCGCAGCGCUAUCCUGGCUAACAUGCCCUCACUACUGGCACUGAGACACAUCAUGGAUGAUGGCAGUGACGAGUAUAAGAUCAUCAUGCUGAAUAAGAGGUUCCUCAGCUUCCGAGUUAUCAAGGUGAAUAGAGAAUGUGUGCGUGGCUUGUGGGCGGGGCAACAGCAGGAGCUGGUCUUCCUGCGCAAUAGAAAUCCAGAGCGUGGCAGCAUUCAAAAUGCCAAACAGGCCCUGAGGAAUAUGAUAAACUCAUCGUGUGACCAGCCCAUUGGAUACCCCAUCUAUGUGUCCCCUCUCACCACCUCAUACGCUGGAGGACACAGCCAGCUCCGGUCUGUGUGGGGAGGACCUGUCAGUCCACACAACAUUUACACCUGGCUCAUCAGCAGCUGGGACAGGUUACAGAAGGGCUGUGGUGCCGGUUGUAACAGCGGAGGAAACAUUGAGGACUCUGAUUGCGGCGGCGGCUCCACCUCCAUCUCCACCAACCCAGCCAUCCAUACUACUCAGAGUACACCAGCCUCCAGCCUGCCUCAGCCCCACAUCACCACAGUCCAGCCCUCUAUGGGUACAGACAACCCUGUCGGUCCCCAGAAUUGGCCUCACCACCCUCAGCCGCUCCCAUUAGCACUGCUUAGCCAAUCAGAGGGCAGAAUGGAGGCGGGGCUGCUCACCUCCCUGCAGCGGACGUCAUCCAUCCAGGGGCUGCUUGGCCAGCAGCUGUCCAGCUCUCAGCUGUCUUUCAGCAGCUCUGUGGCCCCACCUUCUCUACCAGGGCCCGAGCGGUUCUGCCCUGGGAGCUUUUUGGAGAACUCUGGGCACAGAGCGGGCCAGCGGGCUGGCCUCGGACAGAGCAGCGGAUUACAUUAUGAGAGCCACUUUGGCAAAUGGAGUUUUUCAAGCAGGAAGGGCUUUAACGGACCAGCAGCAGUGGAGGCUGACACAGGAACGGUCCAAACCAUACGCACACAGCCUACUCCUCCUGCAACCCUCCAGGAGUCCAGUCUAACACAAGAUCCUCUGGGAGCCACUCAGACGAUGGACCCGACCUUGCUGAAUGCAGGAGACCCCCCCUCACCCCGAGAGGAAUCCACAGAGCUGCCUUUACUUGAGCAUCUGCGCUGAGUCUGCACCAGGGCGUCCCCGGUGACAUUCUCUGCAGUGAAAGCACAUCGUGGUCGGCGCUGGAUCGGGCCUGGCCCACCCUGACCGGACUCAUUCCAGCCUUCAGGACUCAUUCCAUCAACCCCAGAUUAUUAACCCUUUCCCAGCCCAGUGCCGUUCUGGAUCAGUUCUGACGUCUCUGUCACCUUCUCAGCCAAAGGAGUGAAAUAUCCGAUUGCAUGCUGAGCUGAUGCACGUCACAUCUGUUCAUUGAUUUACGCCAACCUGUUUAUUCCAAAGUCUGCUCUCAUCGUGACUCAUAACACUUGAUUUUAAUUUUUAUUUUCUUACAAAGUCGUUCAGUGUCUCUACGGACAACCUUUAGGUUGUAACAGUAGUGACAGGCCACUAAAGGCCAGUGCAAUGAAAAGGGAUAUUUUGCUUGAGGAUAUUUUUCUAUACUGGAGAAUCAUGGAGAAUUGCCUCUGACUUUCUCUCACUUGAUGUCUGCAGCAGUUUUUUUUUCCCCAUAAUUAAAAAAAGUUCCAGAUGUUCUGUUGCUGUAUGUGCAGGUGAAGGAUACAUGGAUACCGUGAUACGCCUUGAUAGUUCUCCUUUCACAAUCCUUGGGCCUACAGUGUAGUAUUUAUAUUUAUCAGCACAUACUGACCAGUUUCAGCAGUGCCCCCCCCCCCAGCAGAUUAUUAUAUCUACAUAUUCAACAACUAAAAAGGCAUCACAGUGUUUCAUCCUCAUCCUCUGGCCUGUGGCCUACAGAGGUGCCUGACAUCAUCAAAACCCGACAGAUCUGUCUCGGAGCAAGUUUCAGGGGAAAAAAAACAAACUCGUUUCCAUCUCAGCCAACACGUGGUGCUUCUACCGCUAGUUUACAGUCCAUUUAGGCUUUGGUCCUGGAUCAGACUAACAACACAGAGAUGAAGGAUGACUUCUGAUGUGGAUCAGGAUCAAGCUGAGGAGGAUUCGCAUCUGUGAAAUUGUGUUGAUCACAAAUGGACAAACUGGGAGAGGUGGAAUCUUCAAGCCUUUUUGUUUUGGUGAGUGGGAUGUCCAUUUUGUUUUACUCGACUUGAAGAAUCACGAGUUGCUCAGUGUGUACUAUGCACUGAACUGUUUUCAUUGGAUGAGCGAUCAAUAACUCCCUCUGCCAUCAGAUCCAGUCAGUGACGACUUCUCUGUAGCAGGGUCCCAGGCUGCUCUGUGGAGCUCUGUUUUCUUUGCCUGCAGUUAGGCCCCUCUUGUUACUAUACUACUGCUUCUGCAUCUCCUGCAACUACUAAUAUACCCACUACUACUGCUGUUUCUACAACAGUUAAAUCCAGCGUUUUAGUUGGAAAGAAACAAAGUUGAAUAAAUACUGAAAGCAAAGGUGGAAUAUUUAUUUGAAUAAUAUUGUCUUACAGAUAUCUUUAACGGGGUUUGUCUAUAUGGUGUGCUGAUAUAUCGAAUUGAAAAUCUGCCUCCUGUCAACUGUACCCCACCUCAACCCCCCCACCCCCCACCCCUCGGUUUUGUUGUCAUCACAUUGGUAUCAUCUCACCAACGGCUGUCUUUUUAAAGUGUGUUUUGUAACUGGAAGUAUUCCUGAGAAGUCACUUUAAGUUAGUGUCUUUCCCACUUUUGCACUCUAUGUUUCACCACUGUGAAAAGAUUAAAACGCAGAGUUUUAAUGGGCUGAAGUAGAUCAUCAACAGAAGCUGGCCAAACUGUGCCCCUAAAUGUUUCUCUAGGUCUAGAUCUCCAGGUCCAGAGGACACACUAAAAAGGAUGUUUUUCAAAAUUAACCUUUUAGCCCCUCAUCUGAACAGGUCACUAGACGCCUUCUGAAGUACAGGUUUAUGUGACAUUACACCCCAAUUUGUUCAUAUUUACAUGGUGUAAUGAACUAAACUCAGUGGCAGAUAACAGUAGUGGAAAAAAGUUUUUGGACACCCUAAAUUUUUUUCACAAUCUCAAUAUAUUAUGAAAUUUGCGGAAAAAUCGUUUUUGCAUUUCUAAAGGUGUGGCUGCAUCAGACAAACAAAUGCAAAUGAUUUUUUUUUUUAAGAACUAAAUUCUAGACAGUUUCAACAUGUCAUGGCCUGGAUGCAUUUCAUUAUUUUUAUUGAAACAUCCAGUUUUGACCCUGAUGCAGCAGAGCACGUGCAGAAGGGAGAAUGGAACAAUGACUUUAACACUGAUUCUUAAUAUAAUACAAAUACAUGGGGUGUCCAUAAACUUUUUUCCCCAACAUUAUAUACAGGCUACCAUAUUUUCAUUUGUUUUUCCAUUCAGUCUAAGGCGCUGCUGUUCAAUUUCAAACAAAACCUUUGUCUAUUACAUGAGAUUAGAGUAAAUCCUACCAUUAUGAAUCCUUGUAUUCGUUUUUGUAGUCUCAUGUAUAUGGAAAUGAAGAUAUUUUGCAAAAUGAAGCCCAUGUGGACAGUUUUCUUUUUUUUGUAAAGGAAGUGGAAAAUAUCCUCUUUAGUGUGGACCAGGCCUGAGGUCAUGAUAUUCCCAUGUUCUGAUUCACCUGCAGUGGCUGAGCGACUCUGAAAUAACUUGGUGCCAUAGUAUAAAUCAUUUUGCCACAAAGCGGCUUUGUGUUGCUAGUUUCCUCACCAAAUAAUCUGUCAGAAGCUCUGCUCCCCUGUAGGAAUCUUGAAAGGAGGCCAGUGUUCUCAGGGUCUAUAACGGGAAAGAAAUUGACUUGUCGUCUUCUGCAGGAAGACUUUUUGUCCAAAGGGAGAAAACCGAAAGGGCGAUGAGGAAUCAGUAUAGGUGAACAGGACGAGUACUCAUGUUACAAACGACGUCUCCCUUUGCUGUGUUUGUUCUCUUUGGGUUGUGCACAACGCAUGCUGGUAAAGCUACAUCUUGUCCAGUCAGUCUUUACCACAUUUUUUUUUUUUUUUUUCUUUAGCAACGUCUGAACAAAGGGACAAAUACAGCCACAUGUUUCCUUUUUCCCCUUGUUUGACUGUUUCAGCGGUGAAAAGUGCAUCAGUAUCCCUCUCAAAACUCCCUCAACUCAGGAAAAACAGAGACUUUCUGAUCAGUGCUGUUUUCUGUUUUUCUUUCUUUUUUUCUCAUUCAUCUUGAAUCCAAAGCAACAGGGAGUAAUUUUUAUUGUUUAUUUUAACUUUUUUUCUUUGCUGGGAGUGAGGAAAGCACAAGUUAACAGACAGACCUGGGUGUCAAUAAAAAGGGAUUUCUUAAUCUCCUAAAUUAUGUACAGCAUGUUUCGUAUAUAAAUAUAUAUUUAAAAAUAUAAAUCUAUUUUAUUAUUGGAUUCUGGGUUAUUUUACAUUCAAGACACUAUGUUGAGGCUUUUUUGGCGAGGGAGGGGAGGGGGGGUUCUUGUGUUUACCCAUCGGAGGGGAGCGCUGAGUGGAGAGGCACUCUUCACGUCGAAAUGUGCAGUUCAGGAAGAAUCAGUUAAUACUUCUUUUGCACAAAUGUAUCAUACACCAUCCCACUUUGUUAUCAUUUCUUAUUUUAGUUAUAUUGGGAGGGGGGGCUUUUAUUUAAGAACUUUAAGUCGAUGUUUAAUGUUAUGUACAGUUUUAUAUGUGAUUUUUUUCCCCCUCCUAUUUAAAUUAAAGGUUUUUGUGUCUUUGUUUGCAAAUUAA